UGUUUGAGUUUACUUCGAAGCAGUCGUCAACCACAGCCAUAAUCAUGAGCGGAAGAGGUAAAGCAGGAAAAUCGAAAGGAGGCAAAUCCAAAACCAGGUCGUCCCGUGCCGGACUCCAGUUCCCGGUCGGUCGUAUCCAUCGUCUGUUGAGAAAAGGAAAUUACGCCGAGCGUGUCGGAGCCGGAGCGCCCGUAUACCUGGCCGCCGUCAUGGAAUACUUGGCAGCUGAAGUUUUGGAAUUGGCCGGUAACGCUGCCCGUGACAACAAGAAGUCCCGUAUUAUUCCCAGACAUUUGCAAUUGGCCAUCAGAAAUGACGAAGAAUUGAACAAAUUGUUGUCUGGUGUUACAAUCGCACAAGGCGGUGUGUUGCCCAACAUCCAAGCCGUUCUUUUGCCCAAAAAGACUGAAAAGAAAGUCUAAGUAACUACCCAUGAUAAAUAAUAUUCUACUAAAAAGGCCCUUUUCAGGGCCACUAAAUUCAUUCCAUAACACGGAUGUAAAAUAACAUAAUGUGUGGAUUUCGG